UAGUCGAGGCUCGGAUUUGUAGGGAAAGCGUGUGUUUUGCUGAUUCAUACGAUGUCCGUCAAUAUUCUGAAUAAAGUAGCCAAGUAUGCCGUUGCGUUGGGAAUCGCUGGUGCCGCUUUGCAAUCGUCAGUUUUUGUUGUUCCCGGCGGUCACCGUGCUGUUGUGUUUAAUCGUUUUACAGGAGUUGAAGAACACGUUCGUGGUGAAGGGAUGCACUUGAAAGUGCCUUGGGUUCAAAGGCCUGUUUUAUUUGAUAUUCGAACAAGACCAAGAUCAAUCAAUUCGGUAACGGGAACCAAGGACUUGCAAAUGGUAAAUCUUGUGCUCCGUGUACUUUCAAAGCCUAACAGGGAUUUGUUGCCACGAAUCUAUUCCAGAUUGGGACAGGAUUGGGAUGAAAGAGUACUUCCCUCCAUUGGAAACGAAGUACUCAAGGCGGUCGUCGCACAAUACAACGCAGAACAACUGCUUACCCAAAGAGAAAUGGUAUCUCGCCAAAUACGAGAAACUCUGACAGAAAGAGCUCGACAAUUUGAUAUUGAACUGGACGAUGUAUCCAUGACACAUUUAACUUUUGGAAAGGAAUUUGCUACCGCUAUUGAACAGAAACAAGUUGCACAGCAAGAUGCAGAACGUUCCAAAUACGUUGUUAUGGUUGCAGAACAGGAGAAACAAGCUGCAGUUACUAGGGCAGAAGGAGAGUCAGAGGCUGCAGCGUUAAUCUCGACAGCACUUGCAACUGCUGGAGAUGGUCUAGUACAACUUAGAAGAAUCGAAGCUGCGAAGGAAAUUGCGCAGACUCUGUCGCAUGCUAAGAAUGUUGCUUACUUGCCGAAAGGCGGCAAUAUCUUGCUUAAUGUUCCCAACAACUAAUGCAGUUUUAGAAAAACUUCUUUUAGAGCUAGUUGGAUAGAUUGGUUGCCCUAUUAGCUUUUAGCCAGUUAUUUUGGAUAAAAGGCAUUUAUCAUUUCGUUUGCUGUC